AUGGCGGCGCCCCGUGAGACUGCGGAAGAUGUUCGCUCUGGAUUAUGCGCGUGGAUGAAUACAACAGUAUUCAAGCCGGUGUCGCUCAACCCGUUGACCGGAGGUCAAUCAAACUUCACCUACCACGCGCACUUGGAGCAACGAGUAAUGGCUCAAGAUGAUUCCGGCAGAGACAUCAGCGAAGUCGUUGUCAAACAUGGAGAACCAUACAUGGCUAGGCAUCCGAGUAAUGCGAUAACCACCGACCGUUGUUUCGUCGAGGCAGCUUGCCUGAAGCAUCUGCAUGCGCUCAAGCCCCUUCACCAGACAUCUCAGAGCUCUCGCUACCGCGUGAGCACUCCCGAAUGUUAUCUAUACGACGACAAAACCAAAACACAGAUUCAAGAGUAUCUGCCAGGGACUCUGGAUCUGAAAAGCAUUGUACUGAAGAGCUGCGAGGAACCUCUUGGCGUGGUACAGGAGCAACACUAUCGUCACAUCGGUAGGGCGUUGGCAGAGUACAUAAGUCAAUUUCACCAGAACACGAGCCCGGUAGCUCGGGCCCACGCAGAGGAGGGAACCAGUCCUCACCUGUCGACUCUUCACGAGGCAAUCAGCCGCAGCAGUGAAAUGCAGGAUCUGAAGCUCAUGGUCAACUAUGACUGGCUGCUGGAACGUAUUGAGCAGUUUCCAGACAUCUUGAAAGACGCAAAAGAUGUUUUCGUGCGUCUAAGAGAGCAGGGUAUCGACGAGCUGAAAAACGGGUCCGCGGCGUCGACGGUCAUCCAUGGAGACUUUUGCCCACAGAACAUACUGAUUCGUAACGAGUCACCUUGGGAUGGAAAGGAGACCGGCCUGUUUGUUGUGGACUGGGAAAAUGCCCAAAUCGGUGUGCCCGCCAUGGAUCACGGCGAAAUGAUCGGAGAACUCUACUCAACCUGGCUUUACGAUGGCUCCGAUGCAGGCAUCCACGUUAUUGAAGGGUAUGCUGCAGGUUUGGGAUCUCUACCGGUAGACGUUGCCCUUCGCAUUGCUGCUCUGGUGGGCGUGCAUCUCCUCAGUUUUGGCACACUUGCACAAGACAAGUCCGAGUUACAGAUCGACCGCGUCGUACGGGAGGGAAGAGACAUCAUCGUCAACUCUUGCAAAAAGGACCAGGCGUGGUUCAAAGACCAUGUUCUCGGGUGUCUAUUCACGCGCUAA